UAGUAGUGACAGGAGUGAGUUCUUAGAUAGAUGCUUUAUCCUUUUGGGGACGUCCAAUAAAAUUGGAACGAUACAGAAAAGAUUAGCAUGGCCCCUGUGUAAAGAUGACAUAUACAAAUCAAGAAAUGAUCCAAAUUUUUGGAGGCAACCCCAACCAAGUUGGUUGAAUAGUUGGCUUGAUAACCACAAGGUUUCGAGUUUGGGCUGUCUAUGACCUUCUUGGUUUGAGCUAAUUAGCUAUGAGUUCUUGCUGCUUAAAAUGCAUACUUUUGGAUCACAUAUUAGAACCCUUUUAACAAUAUGAUAUUAACCACUUGGCAGAGUUGUGCCGCUAUUUAGGUGCUACUGUAAACCUGGUGAAAAUACUUGAUGCUUAUUAGUUAUUGGCUAGAGAUAUUAUGUAGUCUGGCUCUUCUUUUUAGGAGAAUUGAAAAUCUUUCACCUCCACCGAAAACAACAUUUCCCUACUUGCAAAUGUGUGUCUGCUUGUCAACUGCAACUGCCCAUUUUUCCCUUGCUUUAUACCUCUUUUCUUCACUAUUAUAUUUCCUCUUACUUUUCAAAUAUCAUCUUUUUGAAGUGUAGCACUCUUGUUUGCUUUGGCUUUGUCAAUGUUGUCCUUUAUGUAUUACUGGCAGAUUUUGCUAUUGUUCCUGCUAAUUCACCCUCUUGAGGCCGUUCCAAGUAUCAUUUCUUGUUCAGAAAGAUGUGGUGCCCUUUCUGUGAAGUUUCCUUUUGGUUCUGGUUAUGGCUGUGGACAUCCGGCCUUUGCUAGAUACAUCAAAUGCAGCGGUGGGGUGCUCCAGUUCUCCUCUGGCACCGGGGUUUACACAAUAUCGUCAAUUGACUAUUCGAGUGGUGUUAUGGUUGUCAUAGACCCCUUCAUGUCAACGUGUUCCUCAAUGCAGAAUUCUGGAAGCUUUACACUCGAUCGUGGAAGCCCUUUCAGCAUAAUGCCAGAGAACAUUUUCGCUUUGCUUGGAUGCUCUACAACGUCUGCAGUGUUUGAUCCAAACCAGGAUUUAUGCGAUUCUGGUUCAGGUUUGAAUGUGUGCAGAGGCCUGUAUUCUUGCAAAGGGGUGACAGGGAUUGGUUUGGAACCAAACGGACCAAUAUCUACUUGUUGUGUGUAUAAUCCUCCGGUUCCAUUAGGCUCAGGUAAUGGUUUGGAUCUCCCUAAGCUCCAAUGCUCAUCUUACUCAACAAUAUAUGGAUUCGGGGGAGAUGAAGGCGAUCCGAUGAAAUGGCAGUAUGGGAUUUCUUUGCAGUUCAAUAACUCGUAUUCUUCUGAUGCAUGCAAGAACUGUGAAGAUAGUGGUGGCUUCUGUGGUUUUUCUGGUUCUGAUGAGGCUUUCGCUUGCACUUGCCGGAAUGGAGUUAACACCACCGUCAAUUGUUUUGGCAGAGGAUAUGCUUGGAGUGGGACAUGGAGACACAAAAUUCAAACAAAAGUGUACAUUGGAGGGUUCCUGUUCUUGUGGAUGAUGUUUUUCAUUUAAAGUUGCAGAGCUUGUGUGAGUGGAGGAUGCUGCAAAUGGUUGCUCAACAUUGUCCUACUCUUUAUUCAUGUUAUAUGGUCCUGUUUCAAGAAAUUAGCUUCACAUUUCUUGGUUUUGAAGUGGGCAUCCUUAAGUAGGCUUAGUGUUCCACCACUUAAAUUGUUUAUGUUUUUCAAGAGGCAAUGGAAGUACUAUAAUUUUGGUACCACUUAAA